AUGAACAUUUACACGCGAGUUAAGUCAGGCCUAACGUCCUGGAAAAAUGACACACCUCUCCCAACAGACCUGUCAACUGAUCCAAAAUUCCAGCGCUGGCACCAGUUCGACCUCAACUCACAGCAGUGGGAGCCAGUGAGCGCGAAUGAAAAUGCAGAGCCAUCACGCACCGAUGACUCCGAUCUGGUGCUCUUGACGUGGAACAUCGACGCACUAAACGAGCGAACUCAAGAACGAGUCACAGAGAUUCUGACGUUCAUCACCCAGCUGAAUCCCAGCGUGGACAUCAUAUUCCUGCAAGAAGUAUCACAGCGGGGCUUACGACUAAUUUUGAGCGACGAGCGUAUUCGUAGAUCCUGGUUCUCAAGCGAGCACGAGAACACCUCGUGCAGAAACUCAUUCACGACGAUGACUUUGGUCUCCAAGACACGCUUCGGUGAAACAAGCAGGUUUGCUCUAGGACGCGUGUGGAGGGUAGCCUACCCCAGUCACUUUGGUAGGGAUGUACUCUUUUGUGAUCUUUUCAUUCCUUCACCCACGGAUGCAGACGCUUCUACCACACGAGUACGGCUCGCAAAUGUUCAUCUGGAUUCCCUACCUAUCAAACCUUCUCACCGACCCCGGCAACUGUCCAUUGUUUCCUCAUUCCUGCGUAGUGCGGGCCGUGGGCUGGUUGCUGGCGACUUCAACCCGGUUCUGGACGAAGAUGCCGCCCUCAUAGAGACCAAUGGUCUUACAGAUUCCUGGGCAGCCCUUCAUCCUGAAGAACCUGGGUAUACAUGGGGCGCGGAUGGGAAGGAGCGAUUUCCACCAAAUCGGAUGGAUAAAGUCGCGUUGCUUGGUCUCAAAGCGCGUGAAAUUAAAAUACUCGAGGCUCAGCAACUGGGUGGGUUGGAUGGACAACAGGACCCUGGAAGUGACGUCCCCGAUUCCCAGCAGACUGACCCCGAAGUCAUACUCUGGAGCGAUCACCAUGCUUUGCUUUGCUCGUUUGGGCUUGGAGACUGA